AUGUAUAUCAAAAUCUCUGCUAUUGCAGUCGCUGUUCUUCAAGUCUCUAGCUUUGUUCAAGCUGCCACUUCCACCAAAUCCGCCUCUACAUCAACUGCAUCAACAUUGGCAAAGCCUCAAGAUUACUGGAAGAGCUUUAAGUCUUUAGUUGACCCUUUGAACAUUACUAUUGAGGCAAUUCCUCAAACUACAUCCAAUGAUCCUUCCGUUGAAUGUACUUACUAUCAACCUCCUUCCAACUUCAAGUUCAACGAGAAGGAAUGGCCCACACUCUGGGAAACUGCUACCUCUAACGGUAUGACCAACACUGCCGAGUUCAAGGCUCUCUACAACUCCAUUGACUGGACUAAGGCCCCCAACAUCACCGUUCGCAAGUUGAACUCUGAUGGUUCCAUCAACAUGAGUGGUUACGAUCAAGCCAAGGACCCCGAUUGUUGGUGGUCUGCUUCCACUUGUACCAAGCCCAAGCUCGAGGGCGUUAAUGAGGAUAUCUACACUUGUCCUGAGCCCGAGACUUGGGGUCUUACCUAUGAUGAUGGUCCCAACUGUUCUCACAAUGCUUUCUAUGACUACCUCGAAGCUGAGAAGAUCAAGGCUUCCAUGUUCUACAUUGGUUCCAACGUUGUUAACUGGCCCUACGGUGCUCAACGUGGUCAAAAGGCUGGCCAUCACAUUGCUGAUCACACCUGGUCUCAUCAAUUGAUGACUACUCUUACCAACACUGAGGUUUUGGCUGAACUCUACUAUACUCAAAAGGCCAUCAAGAUGGUUACUGGUGUCACCCCUAUUCACUGGCGUCCCGCUUUCGGUGAUGUUGAUGAUCGUGUUCGUUGGAUUGCCACUCAACUCGGUCUGACUACUAUUCUCUGGAACUUGGAUACUGAUGAUUGGGCUGCUGGUACUUCUGAAACUUUGGAUACUGUCAAGAAGACUUAUGAAGAUUUCGUUGAAAUGGGUUCUAACGGUACUUUCAAGAACAGUGGUCAAAUCGUCUUGACUCACGAAAUUGAUAACACCACCAUGACUCUUGCUAUGGAAUUCUUGCCCAAGAUCAGAGCUGCUUACAAGAACGUUCUUGAUGUCGCCACCUGUAUGAACAUCACCAACCCUUACCACGAAUCCACUGUCACCAUUGCUGCUUUCAACGCCACCGGUGCUACUAGCUCUGUCGCCGCUGCCUCAUCUACUGCUUCCGCCGCUGCUGCUUCUGUUUCAUCUGCUGCUGCUCCUGCUGUUUCCCAAGCUGCCUCUGCUGCUGCUGUUGUCAACAACGCUAGUGCCACCUCUGCUGGUGUCCAAGUUGGCCCCAAUGCUUUGCUCAUGGCUGUCUUUGCCGUUGCUGCUUACAUUUUCUAA